GUGAGUGAAGAGGAGUAAUUUCCGGGAUACUUCAGGCCGGGCGAGUUUGUCUACGCUGGUAACGUGACAGUCCGCAUUUCUUCCUUGAAUUAUUAAUAAACGAGCCGUUUAACAGAGCCAGAAAGAAGCCUCGCUUUGGAAUAAUCUUUCACUUUUUGAAUUGAGACCUAGCUCUUGCACAAAAUGGCAGACCAGCUGACUGAGGAGCAGAUUGCUGAGUUCAAGGAGGCGUUCUCCCUGUUCGAUAAGGAUGGCGACGGCACCAUCACCACCAAGGAGCUGGGCACCGUCAUGCGCUCACUGGGGCAGAACCCCACUGAGGCGGAGCUGCAGGACAUGAUCAACGAGGUGGAUGCUGAUGGAAACGGCACCAUCGAUUUCCCAGAAUUCCUGACCAUGAUGGCGCGGAAGAUGAAGGACACGGACAGCGAGGAGGAGAUCCGGGAAGCCUUCCGAGUCUUUGACAAAGACGGUAACGGCUACAUCAGCGCUGCAGAGCUGCGUCACGUCAUGACCAACCUGGGAGAGAAGCUGACCGAUGAGGAGGUAGACGAGAUGAUUCGUGAGGCUGACAUCGACGGAGACGGACAGGUCAACUACGAAGAGUUUGUGCAGAUGAUGACUGCGAAGUGAAGCGGGUCCCCCUUCCACACACCCCUCACAUAACAUGACUGACUAAGAUCACUCUUGUCUUAAAAAAAGAACAAUAAAAGUAAUAACCGUGCAGAAAAAAAACAAACAUCCAUAAAAACUUAAACCAAAAGCUUCAACUCCAAAACUAUUGAGUGUUAAAAUUCAAUAACUGUGGUGUGAUGAGGGUCCCGGCAGCCUCUGUGUGCAGAGAGAUAGUGAGGACCCUUUCAAGCAUGUGAUCCUCCUUCUUUAUGAGACGGUCUUACAAAGACCCUCACCAAAAAGUAUUCAGCUGAUUACCUUUCUAAAGGGCGGGUUGGUCGCCAUUGAGAACGUUGGCUUAUCCCUGUCCAGCUAAAAAAAAAAAGGUCUCCUAUUGGCUAUGGUUGUCCCUGUAAAACGUAAUUCCAAAUUCCAGUUGACGGAUCAAGAAUUCGAUUAGAGCAUUAGAGUUUGAUUGCCUUAAUUCAGUCAACGCUUUGGAUUGUUUGAGGCUUCAUCCAGUCGCGGUUUUAAGAGCUUGUUAUCACCAUGGAGAUCUGGAUUGGGUACAAAGCUAGAUGUGUGUAAUAUAUGAAUAUAAAUCUACAUAUAUUCAAAAAGAAAACCAACAACAACAACAACAACAAAACACAAAUAAACUUCGUGACCACCUGAGAAAGUUGACUUGCACACAGUGAAAGCCAACUACGUUGUUGAUGUGCUCCAGUUAAGUUGUGGCUAUUCAGUGGUGUCGGUCAGUGCCACUGCCGCCAGUGUGGGGUGUGUAAAUCAGUCUACCUGUCCAGUAGGCAGUUCUGUAGGCAUGUCCGCCGCAGCGGCAACAGGAAUGCAUGGUUGUGCGUGGACAGUGUGCGCAAGAUUACAUAAAUGUAAAGUUAAAUAAUCUACAGGUAAACGUGGUACAAAUACCAGUAUGUUAUGCUUAUGCUUAAGACAAAAACAAACAAAAAACAAAUUGUGCAUCAUUACAUAUUAAUGUCUGGUGAACCUUUCAUUGCCUAUUGUUACUGCAGUUUAGUAUGACCUGUGAUGUUAUUUAUUUGUAUCUUUUUUUUGGAAGUUGUGUCCACGGUUUUAAAGAUGUGCCAUAAGAUACGUAAGCCUCGAAAACUCACUUGCAAGAUGACUUGUUGUAGUAAUUAAAUAUAAUAUACUCAAAUAUACAUAUAUACAUUUAAAUGAUAUAUCUAUCUAUGUUUACAUACAUAUACAUAUAUUUAUAAAUAUAAAAUAAAUAUAUAUCUAUAUCUGCACUCUUAUGUGAACCGUAACAUGUUCAGUCACUAAUGAGGAACCAAAAUCUUGCUGUCGCUGCUACCGCUACAACUCAUUUGUCUGUUGCAAUUGUGAGUUUGUUCAUAUCCUCCCAGUAUCCCCACUGUUCCUGCUGCUUGUCCGUGCACUGCUUGCUGUGUGAUCGAGCAUUUAGAAGUAAACAAGUUUAACAUCCUGCAUCUCAUCGCAGGGUAAACCUCAGAUGGAUUUGAGACGAGGGACGUUCAGAGUUCAAUCUCUUGGCCAUUGUGUGUAGUGUGACCUUUGGGAAUGUUGGGGUAGACGAACGCUUUAAGGUGUGUGUGUGUGUGACCUCCUGUGGUCAGGUGGUUCCCAUGGGCUUUGUUAAGGUUUACACAUGUAGAACUCUGCAAAUGUUGUGUGAUAUAAGAUAAUGUUUUGCAAUAAAAAGUAUUAAUGUUCGGAAA